CGACAAGAAGUGUCUUGAUUAACCAUUCCCGAUCCACCUGCACCGUCACAUGUCUAAAGUCCAAAACAGCGCCCACAACAGCGCCCGCGAUUCUCAUGAUGGGUUGGCGAUUCUCAUGAUAGGUUGGCGAAGUGCCUGGGCGCAACGCCAUCUAUCGGCGCUACCGGAAUAGAGUAAGGCAGGUAAUAGGGUACCGCAGUAACUACUGAGAAGCAAGCUGGCUGGCUAACUGCCACCCUCCAUCCCAAGACCCCACCAAGAGAAAGAGAGAUAGAUCUCUAUCUCCCCUACACACCCAUAUCCUCAAUAUUCCCAGUAUCCAACUUUACGCCCAGUUCUAGUUCUCAGUACAGCAAAAAGGUUCCCGUUUAUCCUCGUUUCCGAACACAAAAUGGCAGACUCACCACCAUCUGUCGGUGAUGGCAGCAGCCCCAAACAUAAACAUCAAAAGGAUGGUAAACAUAGUCGUUCCAAGUCCGCCAUGGUCAGCUCGUUGCUUUCCGUGGGCUCCUCGUCGAAAUCAUCCUCCGGGUCACGAAUACACUCUCGAUCAAACUCCGUCGCCCCUUCUUCUACCUCGUCGCAGCAACAGCUUAACGACCCUACCGCCAUCACCGCUUCGAGUUCGACAGUGAAUAUCAAGCCGCCGUCCCGUGCUAGUACCAUCAGUAGCACCCUACUGCCCAUGAUCGACGGCAACGAGAGUGGGGGUAGCUCGCUUACCGGGUCCGGCGUUCUUGUCGGCGGCGGCGUAGGUGCGGCGAAGACGGUUGAGGAAACAGUGCGGACGUUCCGGUUGUAUGAAGCGCUGCGAAAUGGCGAUACCACUGCGAUACUGAAGGCCAUACGGGACAACACCGUGGAUGAUCCCAACCGGCGGACCUCCAUGAGCUCGUUGUCCGGUGGCGGGGGAGUGGACGUCAACAAGUCCUCAAUCUUACACCUGGCGGUACAGUGCGCCGAGUUGCCCGUUAUCGAGUAUAUACUUUCGACUACGACUUCGCACCCCGAAGGUUCUGGCGCUCCCCUGCACAAGCCGUACCUGGACAUCAACGGACGAGACCUGACAAAUGGCAACACGCCUCUCCACAUCGCGGCACAGCUGGGACGGGCCGAGGUCGUAACCCUCCUCCUCAGACAACCCGACAUCAAUGACUCUGUUCACAACUACGCGAACCGUACUCCCUUGGAGAUGGCGCGCAACCCGCAGAUACAUCAGAUGCUACAACUGGCACGGAGUAUGUACCUCGAGGACAAGAUCGACACACUACACAACCUCAUGAACACGCAGCAAUACGAGCAGCUCCAGGAACUCCUAGAUAACCCCCGCGUUCGGGGGCUACUGGAUCUCAAUACCCUCGAGCCGCCGGAUGCUCAUGGCUCCACGCUGCUGCACGAGGCGGCGAAGAGGAAGGAUACAAAGCUUAUCCAGCUGCUAUUAAUGCACGGCGCUGACCCGUUCCGAAGGGACCACAAGGGUAAGCUACCGCAAGAUGUCACAAAAGAUGAGAAAACUCGCGGGAUCCUUAAGAAAAGUCCUGCGGCGGUUGCGGCGGCAAGGGGGAUUGAGGAGAGGGCUGUGCUUGGUUCUGCAGCGGAACAUGCGCCGCCCGGACAUCAGGGUGGUGCUGGUGGGGAGGGAACACUGGGGAGUAAGGAGACGAGGGAGAUGAAAGGGUACCUGAAAAAGUGGACGAACUAUACCGGCGGUUACAAGUUGCGGUGGUUCGUGCUCGAGGAUGGCGUUUUGAGUUAUUACAAGAAUCAGGAGGACAUUGGUUCGGCAUGUCGGGGCGCCAUCAACAUGCGGAUAGCGAAGCUCCACAUCGAUCCGCAGGACAAACAGCGUUUCGAAAUUCACGGAAAAGGCAGUGUUAAGUACCACCUGAAGGCGAAUCACAUCGUCGAGGCAAAACGGUGGUACUGGACUCUCAACAACGCUAUCCAGCAAGCCAAAGACGAAGCUCGACUGGAGGAGCGGCGAAAGCGCCAGGAGAACGAAGUGAUGGACAGACUCAGAGAGCAAGUACAUGCAGAAGAAUCAGCAGCAGAGAGCGAUGCUGUUAGCGGCGCAGAACGCGGACGGCAAGGAAGCAUUGCAGCGUCUGAGCAUCUCCCCGCUCCGGUCAGUAAGCGUGUCAGUGUUAGGCAGAGCGCACGGGCAAGUGUUCGCGCGAGUAGCGGCGCAUAUGCCGGAUUUAGCGAUAAUUACCAGUCCGAUGCCGGUCCAUAUCCUCCCAGGUCUUACUCGGCACAUACAGAUGGCGAUCUGGGCGACGACGAGGAGGAUGCGAACGACGUCAACGACGAUUCGUCGUCUCACGGCCCCGCUGAUCCACCAACUACGGACGCCUUGAACCUUGCUGCGAAUUCUGCCAGGUUGCAGCUUGACCUAUUGUCGCAGGUCGCUUUGGCAUUACAAUUCGAACACGCGAAUAAUCCCGACCUUAAGCUUGGCGACUCGUCUUGUAUUGCUGCAAUGGCAAGCUACGAAUCCGCCGUUGACAGUUUGAAGCAGCUUAUUGGAGAUCUGCUGAGCAUGAGUAAAGAGCGGGAUGCCUAUUGGCGAUACCGGAUGGAGAAGGAGGUGUCAUUGCGCCGGCUGUGGGAGGAAAACAUGACCAAGUUGGCGGAGGAGCAGGAGGCACUCGAGGGCCAAGUUGUGGGUGAGCGCGAGCGAAGAAAGAAGACGAAGCGGGCGCUCAAGCGGGUACUGCGGAAGGAUAGCGGGAGGACAACCGGACACGGUGGUGCGGUUAUCCAUGACAUCGAGGAAGGCGGUGUUGAAACGCUUGACGAGAAGCUGCAGCGGCUAAAGCUUGACCGUCAAGGUUCCGCGAGGAGAAUCGAGGAAUCCUCCGACGAUGCGUUGAGUGAGAGCGAUGAGGACGAUCAAUUCUUCGAUGCGAUAGAUUCCGGGGAGAUGGAGGUGUUCUCGGAGAUGCCAUCCAAUGUGCCAGCCAGGGGUGAUGGCGAGCUCGAGGAGGAGGAGGAGGAAAUCGGGGAGGUUGAGGACGUCGGCGGAGAUCCGCGAAAGAUGAAGCUGGUUGCCGUCAAGAGGAGCUAUGUCGGUUAUGAAGAUCCACCGCGUCAGAAACUGUCCAUGGACGCCGAUGAUAGACCCAAGAUCUCUCUCUGGGGUAUUUUGAAAUCAAUGAUUGGCAAAGACAUGACCAAGAUGACGCUGCCCGUAUCCUUCAACGAGCCCACAUCUUUGCUGCAGAGAGUAGCAGAAGACAUGGAAUACACCGACCUCUUGGACCAAGCCGCGGACCGCCCCGAUCCCGCCGAGCGAAUGGUCUACGUUGCGGCCUUCGCAGCAUCCGAAUACUCGUCGACCAUCGGCCGAGUCGCAAAACCCUUUAACCCACUCCUCGGUGAAACCUUCGAAUACUGCCGUCCCGACAAAAACUUCCGAUUCUUCGUUGAGCAAGUAUCCCACCACCCACCCAUCGGUGCCGCCUACGGUGAAGCCGAGAAAUGGGAUUACUGGGGUGAGUCCGCGGUCAAGAGCAAGUUCUACGGCAAAUCUUUCGACAUCAAUCCCCUGGGCACCUGGUUCCUUCGUCUCCGCCCCGUCACCGGUGGCGAGGAACUCUACACCUGGAAGAAGAUCAACACGUCCGUAGUCGGCAUCAUCACCGGCUCGCCCACAAUCGACAACUACGGACUGAUGGAGAUAACCAACUGGACUAUGGGGGUGAAGUGUCUGCUGGACUUCAAGCAGCGCGGCUGGCGCGCCGCAAACGCAUACGAGGUUAAGGGCCGCGUUGUCGACGGCGACGGCACACAGAUGUGGUCCGUCGGCGGGCGAUGGAACGACAAGCUGUAUGCGCGGCUCUCGCCCGGUUUCGACGCGAACAUCUCGCCGCCGCCGACGAACACCUCGGCCGCCACGACGGUGACGCACGCGGCCAACCCCAGCGCCGCAUUCCUGCUGUGGGAGAACCACCCGCGCCCGCCGCUGCCCUUCUCGCUAACGCCCUUCGCGAUCACGCUCAACGCACUCCCGGACUCGCUGCGCCCCCACCUGUGUCCGACCGAUACCCGGCUGCGCCCCGACCAGCGCGCCAUGGAGGAGGGAGAGUACGAUUUUGCCGCUACGGAGAAGCACAGGCUCGAGGAGAAGCAGCGCGCGCAGCGUAGACAGAAUGAGGAGCAUGGUGUGGCGCAUGAGCCUCGCUGGUUCGCAAAGAAGACCUGCGAAAUCACCGGUGAGGAGUUCUGGCAGUUUACUGACGAGUAUUGGGAGAUGCGCCAUAAGGUCUCGACUGGUAAGGGCGGGUGGGAGAAGGUGCAGGAUAUCUUUUAGUCUGGCUGGAGCGGAGCGGGAUAGAGGGAGUACAUAAGUUAAUGAGGGAAGGGGGAGGGAGUAAACACAAAUUCCCCCACAUGCUCGCUCAGUAAUCACUCAUUGUAGAUCGUAGGGAAAUGAUGUUAUCCAAAGAUGC